UGAUGGACCCACUGAAAGGGGAAAGGAAGAAAAGCAGGCUGGCCAAAUAAAAGCAGAGGGUUCGGGGCAGGUUGCAGUCAGAGUCCAGCAGGCACCAUGAGGAGAGCUGGAGAGCAAGUGGGUCUCCUCCUGUUCUGCCUGAUGAUCGCAACCUGUCAAGGGGCACAGGAGUCCUCCUGCCCAGAGUUGAAGGAGCUGGGCCUGGAUGGCAAUGAGACAAUAGCCAUUGUGCGGGGGAGUCAAGGCUUGCCAGGACCACAAAGGCCACGGGGCCCCCCUGGCGUUCCAGGGGCCAAAGGUGAAAGAGGCUUGCAGGGAAUCCCUGGAAAAAAUGGAGCCUCUGGGCCAAAAGGAGAAAAAGGAGACCCAGGACAACCUGGAGAGAAAGGCAAGAAAGGCGACCCAGGAGAAAUUGCAUCAUGGUAUCCUGAGAAGAAGCUGGAGGCACUUCGGUGCAAGCAAGGAGCCCCAAACUGCAAAGAGCUCUUGAAGAGAGGGACGAUCCUGAGCGGCUGGUACACCAUCUACCCCCAGGACUGCCGGCCCCUGCAGGUGCUGUGCGACAUGGACACCGAUGGAGGCGGAUGGAUUGUCUUCCAAAGGAGGUCGGAUGGCUCGGUGGACUUUUUCCGUGACUGGGCUGCCUACAAGAGAGGAUUUGGAAACCAGCUGACCGAAUUCUGGCUGGGGAAUGACAACCUUCACCGCUUGACCUCGCUGGGAAGGAAUGAAUUGCGUAUCGACUUCACUGAUUUUGAAAAUCAGCAUUCCUUCGCCAAAUAUGCAUCCUUCCAGGUGGCGGCAGAAUCCGACUGGUAUCGGCUAACUCUGGGAGCCUUCAUGGGAGGCUCUGCAGGUGACUCCCUCUCCUACCACAACAACAUGCCCUUCUCCACCAAGGAAAAACGGCAGGACUCCCAAAAGAGCAACUGUGCUGAGAUGUACCAAGGUGCCUGGUGGUACAAUACCUGCCACUAUGCCAACCUCAACGGGAGAUACUGGCUGGGACAACACAAGACCGACGCCGAUGGCAUCAACUGGUUUACAGGGAAAGGCUACCACUACUCUUACAAGCGCACAGAAAUGAAAAUCCGUCCUGUGCUUUAG